AUGAUUCGUGCAAAGCAGAUCAGUAAUCUAUCCAGUUCGGCAAGAUCAUUUUUUCUUAGCGGAACAAGGUCUAGUGCAGCUGAUGGAAAUUCUUGCACAUCCACUGAAGAUGAAAUUUGUGUCUCAAGACGCCAGCAAAUCAGGAAUGAAGUUGUACAGACUGGAAAAAGGGCGACUAAUUUAGCAGCUGGACUAGCGGGAACUAUAUUACCAGUAGAGGCUGGUAAACAGACGGUGGUCCCGAAGAAUGUUGAGCAUUUCACCCGACCAUCUCUUCUUCCGCAGCAUGUUUCCUCUCCUGCUUUGCCGGGGAAAUCAGAUUCUGUAAACCAUGCUUCCGUUACUAUUGAAGAAGACAUCGUGGCACCUAUUGGGGAUAAGAUAUUCAAGGCUGGUAUUGGAACUGUAAAUUUCCUGUCAGAUAUAGCAAACUAUAAGAUCCCUCUAUCCAAUGGAACUGAAGUUGUUGGUUUGCCUAAAAGCUGUAUGGUAGAUCCUACUCGGCCUAUUACAAGUGUAAAGUCUUCAAAUGUUAAAGUCAUCGGAAGAGAGGACCUCGCUAAAGUCCACCCUAGGUCUGCUUCCAACGAUAAAUCAGACCAAGUACCUAUAAACAACUCUCGGGGUUCUAAGGAAGCUGAAAGAUCUGGCUUUGUCAAAGGCUUGAAGCAAGCUUCAAAUGAAGUGGCACAGAAUUCGUUUGAAGCUCAGGAUUUACCCACACCCGGAAAGAGGAAAAGCAUGCCGCAAAGAACCAAUGUUGAUUCAACCAGGUAUGCGUCGGGUGGUUGUGGCUAUAAUGUGCAAGUUUUGGAUGACAGGACGAUGAAAUCUUCUGUUGAAGGUUUCAGCAAACCUUCAAGGGAAAUGAUGAGAGUGACACCAGGGACUGCUCCAACACCUAGGCAGUAUUGUAACUCUGGAUAUGCCAUAGAAAAUGUUUCUAAUAUAUUGCGGAGAUUCAAAUGGGGACCUGCUGCUGAAGAGGCCCUUCAUAAUUUUGGUUUCAGGAUGGAUGCAUACCAAGCAAACCAAGUGCUUAAGCAGAUGGAUAAUUAUGCGAAUGCGCUUGGUUUCUUUUAUUGGCUGAAAAGGCAACCUGGGUUUAAGCAUGAUGGGCAUACUUAUACCACUAUGGUAGGUAACCUUGGUCGUGCAAAGCAAUUCGGUGCGAUAAAAAAGCUUCUUGAUGAGAUGGUCAGAGAUGGAUGUCAGCCAAAUACCGUUACAUAUAACCGACUUAUUCAUAGCUAUGGUCGUGCAAAUUACCUCAAUGAAGCUUUGAAUGUUUUCAAUCAAAUGCAAGAGGCUGGAUGUGAGCCUGACCGCGUAACUUACUGUACCCUUAUAGACAUCCAUGCUAAAGCUGGAUAUCUUGACAUUGCUAUGGACAUGUACCAGAGAAUGCAAGCAGCGGGGCUUUCUCCCGAUACUUUCACCUACAGUGUGAUAAUAAACUGUCUUGGAAAAGCGGGCCAUUUACCUGCUGCCCAUAGGCUCUUUUGUGAAAUGGUUGGUCAAGGUUGUACCCCUAAUUUGGUUACAUUUAACAUCAUGAUAGCUUUGCAUGCCAAGGCGCGAAAUUAUGAGAGUGCGUUGAAGCUCUACCGAGACAUGAAAAUUGCCGGGUUUCGACCCGAUAAAGUGACUUACAGUAUCGUUAUGGAGGUGUUUGGACACUGUGGAUUUCUCGAGGAAGCAGAGGGUGUUUUCACUGAGAUGCAACAUAAGAACUGGAUUCCUGAUGAACCGGUUUAUGGCCUUUUGGUUGACUUGUGGGGAAAAGCUGGCAAUGUGGAAAAAGCUUGGCAGUGGUAUCAAGCAAUGCUUCACGCUGGUCUGCGACCUAAUGUACCCACAUGCAAUUCCCUUCUCAGUACUUUCCUUAGGGUCCACAGGCUGUCUGAAGCCCGCAAUUUAUUACAAAGCAUGCUUGCCCUUGGUCUACAGGCUUCUUUGCAAACAUACACAUUGCUAUUGAGUAGUUGCACAGAUGCUCGUUCAAACUUUGACAUGGGCUUUUGUUGCGAGCUAAUGGCAGUCUCAGGUCAUCCCGCACACUUGUUUCUUCUCAGAAUGCCACCUGCAGGUCCUGAUGGUCAAAAAGUGCGUGAUCAUGUCAGCAGCUUCCUUGAUUUUAUGCACAGCGAGGACAGGGAGAGCAAGCGGGGACUUAUGGAUGCAGUAGUGGAUUUUCUCCACAAGUCAGGUUUAAAAGAAGAGGCGGGUUCGGUCUGGGAAGUUGCUGCAGUUAAGAAUGUGUAUCCAGAUGCAUUGAGGGAGAAAAGCUGCAGCUAUUGGCUUAUAAACCUCCAUGUAAUGUCAGAAGGAACUGCAGUCAUCGCUCUGUCUAGGACACUUGCAUGGUUCCGUAAGCAGAUGUUAGUUUCAGGAGAAUGUCCUUCACGAAUAGAUAUAGUAACUGGUUGGGGAAGACGAAGUAGAGUCACGGGCACGUCGAUGGUGAGACAAGCAGUUGAGGAACUGCUCAACAUCUUCAACUUCCCGUUCUUCACUGAGAAUGGGAACUCAGGCUGUUUUGUUGGAUGCGGGGAGCCUCUCAAGAAUUGGUUGCUUGAAUCAUAUGUUGAGAGGAUGCAUUUGCUCUAG